AUGGGAUUUACUGCCCCGGGAAACCCCACCAGACCGAGGAGCCCCACCAGACCGAGGAGCCCCAGAGCCCCACCGGACCGAGGAACCCCACCAGACCGUGGAGCCCCAGCAGACCGAGGAGCCCCACCAGACCGAGGAGCCCCACCAGACCGAGGAGCCCCACUAGACCGAGGAGCCCCACCAGACCGAGGAGCCCCACCAGAGCGAGGAGCCCCACUAGACCGAGGAGCCCCACUAGACCGAGGAGCCCCACUAGACCGAGGAGCCCCACCAGACCGAGGAGCCCCACCAGAGCGAGGAGCCCCACCAGACCGAGGAGCCCCACCGGACCGAGGAGCCCCACCAGACCGAGGAGCCCCACCAGACCGAGGAGCCCCACUAGACCGAGGAGACAUACCGGACCGAGGAGCCCCACCAGAUCGAGGCGCCCCACCAGACCGAGGAGCCCCAGAGCCCCACCAGACCGAGGAGCCCCACCAGACCGAGGAGCCCCACCAGACCGGGGAGCCCCACCAGAGCGAGGAGCCCCACCAGACCGAAGGAGCCCCAGAGCCCCUCCAGACCGAGGAGCCCCACCAGACCGAGGAGCCCCACCAGACCGGGGAGCCCCACCGGACCGAGGAGCCCCACCAGACCGAGGAGCCCCACCAGACCGGGGAGCCCCACCGGACCGAGGAGCCCCACCAGACCGAGGAGCCCCACCAGACCGAGGAGCCCCACCUACCCCAUAUAUUGCACCCCCUGCAACACUGA